CAUUUCUAUUGUUUACAACAAGCAGCAAAAGACCGCACUUUGCAAACGAAAUUAAACAAGAUCUGGUUGAGAAUCAAACCCAGGCGAAAGAUUCACAAUGUCCCGCAAAGAAGCGCUUUCUCAAUUCAUUAACCAAAUCCAUGGCCGGCCCGUUGUCGUCAAACUGAACAGUGGAGUCGAUUACAGAGGUGUACUUGCCUGCCUGGACGGAUAUAUGAACAUUGCGCUAGACCAAACCGAAGAGUACGUAAAUGGACAGCUGAAGAACAAAUAUGGGGAUGCCUUUAUCCGUGGAAACAAUGUGCUGUACAUUUCGACGCAAAAGAGACGAGUGUAAGGGGGGUCAGCUAUCGUAAACAAUAAAAA